UAUCCAAAGAGGUGUCUACCACCACAGCUCUCAGCAAAACUUGAUAGUAUUCAAAGCUUUCCCUGCUCUUGAAGUCUUCGGUACAUAGUCAUUCUUUGUUUUGUCAUUUAUAUUAAUAUUAAAUAUCAUGGCUAUUCGAAUGCCUCGAAUGAUCAAGAAGUCUUCCACAUGUGGAGAUAUUCCCAAGGGUCACUUUGCUGUGUAUGUUGGGGAGAAGCAGAAGAAGAGAUUCGUAAUCCCAAUAUCAUUCUUGAGUGAACCUGUAUUUCAGGACUUGCUUAGUCAAGCUGAAGAAGAAUUUGGCUUUGACCAUCCAAUGGGUGGUGUGACAAUUCCCUGCACUGAGGACUUGUUCAUUAAUCUUACAUCUCGCUUGAGGAAGUGAGAAUGAAAUCAACCAGAUUUUGCUACUCAAUUUUGUAAAGCUGUAAAGUAAGAUCUCCAGAGUGUACAGUUGAGGACUUAAAAAGAAACAGUAAUUUGAAGUUAGAAUUAGGAAAGUUACUAUUCUCUGACUAGGUAGACUAGUGUUGAAUGGAGAUGUAAUACCUUUGUCUCUUGAUUAAGGAGACAUUUUUCUACUUCAAAAGAAAUUGAAGUGAUGAAAGUUUUUACUUCUA